AUGUCGAACCUCUUCGUCGAGCUGAAGACGCCAAUCUCUGGCACUUUCAAGCAACCUACUGGAUUGUUCAUCAACAAUGAGUGGGUAGAGGGAGUAGACAAGAAGACCUUUGAGGUCGUCAACCCCACAACCGAGGAGGUCAUCUGCUCCGUAGCAGAGGCCACCGAGAAGGAUGUCGACAUCGCCGUCGACGCCGCCAGGAAAGCGUUCCAGGGCACAUGGAAGCAGACCACACCCCAGGACCGCAGCAUCAUGCUCAUCAAGCUCGCCGAGCUUUGCGAACAGAACGCUGACCUGCUCGCCUCCGUCGAGUCUCUCGACAACGGCAAGUCCAUCAGCAUGGCUCGUGGUGAUGUAGCUUCAGUCAUUGGCUGCCUGAGAUAUUAUGGUGGUUGGGCAGACAAGAUCGAGGGCAAGACCAUCGAUAUCAACCCCAGCAUGUUCCACUACACCCGCCAGGAGCCGAUCGGUGUUUGCGGUCAGAUCAUCCCCUGGAACUUCCCUCUUCUCAUGCUGGCAUGGAAGAUUGGACCUGCCCUGUCCACCGGUAACACGGUUGUCCUAAAGACCGCCGAGCAGACGCCCCUGUCCGGUCUCGUGUUUGCUCAGUUCGUCAAGGAGGCUGGUUUCCCUCCCGGUGUCCUCAACAUCAUCUCCGGCUUCGGCAAGGUCGCCGGUGCUGCCAUCUCCUCCCACAUGGGCAUCGACAAGGUUGCCUUCACCGGCUCCACCAUCGUCGGCCGCACCAUCAUGAAGGCGGCCGCCUCCUCCAACCUGAAGAAGGUCACCCUCGAGCUGGGCGGCAAGUCGCCCAACAUUGUCUUCAACGACGCCGACAUCGAGAAGGCCAUCUCGUGGGUCAACUUUGGCAUCUACUACAACCACGGGCAGUGCUGCUGCGCCGGCUCGCGCAUCUACGUGCAGGAGGGCAUCUACGACAAGUUCAUCGAGGCCUUCAAGAAGCGCGCGCAGUCCAACAAGGUCGGCGACCCCUUCGCCGAGGACACGUUCCAGGGCCCGCAGGUCAGCCAGCUGCAGUACGACCGCAUCAUGGAGUACAUCAAGAUCGGCAAGGAGGAGGGCGCGACGCUCGAGACGGGCGGCUCGCGCCACGGCGACAAGGGCUACUUCAUCCAGCCGACCAUCUUCACCAACGUCACCCCGCAGAUGAAGAUCAUGCAGGAGGAGAUCUUCGGCCCCGUCUGCGCCAUCGCAAAGUUCAAGAGCGAGGACGAGGUCAUCGCCCUCGGCAACGACUCCUCCUACGGCCUCGCCGCCGCCGUCCACACAAACGACCUCAACACCGCCAUCCGCGUCAGCAACGCCCUCCACGCCGGCACCGUCUGGGUCAACUGCUACAACAUGCUGCACCACCAGCUGCCCUUCGGCGGCUACAAGGAGUCCGGCAUCGGCCGUGAGCUGGGCGAGGCUGCCCUGCUGAACUACACACAGAACAAGUCGGUAGCUAUAAAUCUGGGAGGAGCGAUUUAA